AUGUUGCAUUUGCUAAAACAGCAAAAACUACAGAUAGUUACAUCUGAACAGAUAAAAUCAGUUUUCCUGCAAUGGCUGCCAUGGAUUCUCCGCAUGUCGAGACCAGGAAAGAAGAUAACGAGAAAGACAAUUAUGAUGUCAAAUAGGAUGAGAGAACUAGAACUGAAAGAGAGAUCUUCAAAGUCUCUUCUAGCGAACGUCUUAGAUAUAGACGAUGAUUUUAGACACGUGCCUCCUCCGCCGAAUAGUACAGCAUCAACAGGGAAUUUAGGGCCUGGGUGCUCUAUAUUCCGUACGGAUUUCCGUCGGUCGUUCGUCCGUCCAUCUACGAUGGAGGACGUGGGUGGAGGACUAGGGAGUCACCACAGGGAACUCCAUUUGAUACUGAGAGAGUUGCAGUUCAUUACUGCGAGAAUGAAAAAGGCAGACGAUGAAGCUGAAUUAAUCAGCGAUUGGAAGUUUGCUGCGAUGGUUGUUGACAGGUUUUGCCUGUUCGUGUUCACACUUUUCACAAUUAUUGCGACAGUGGCUGUCCUUUUGUCGGCGCCGCAUAUCAUCGUUCAAUAA